AUGAGUGAAUCUAGUGCAAAAUCCAGCCAGCCCUUGGCUUCCAAACAGGAGGAGGACGUGUCUGAGAAGAGAGGACGGGGACGACCCAGGAAGAAGCCUCAGCAGGAACCCAGCGAGGCACCAACCCCCAAGAGACCACGUGGCAGACCAAAGGGGAGCAAAAAUAAGGCCACUUCUAAAGGCAGGAAAGCUGCAGUAACACCUGGGAGGAAACCUCGAGGCCGGCCCAAAAAAUCGCAGAAGGACGAAGAGGAGGUGAACGUUUCGCAGGAGUCAUCCGAAGAGGAGCAGUGAAAACGCUUGAACCCGGCACUACCUCAUCAUUCAACUUACCAAUUUCUCGUCAAGCUCUUGGACUGAGGAAGGAACGAAACAAAACAAAACAAAAAUCCUUGGUGGGUUUUUUUUUUCUCCUCCGCCCCCCUGCACAACUUUCUCACACUCAAACAGCAGCAGCACCGGAGUACAGAUCAAACCGACGGAGCGGCCGUCACGCUCGCUGACGGACGCUGUUAACUCGAAGGGGGAGAACGGGCUCUGUUGUUUCUCUUUCUUAGUGGACAGGGUUAAAAUUUAGCCUACUGGUUUAUGUAGUUUCUUUUGUUCCUAGUGAAAUUCACUGAGGGAAGGCUCCUGUAGAACAGUUGCUUUAUUGUUUUGUGAUUUUUUUUUUUUCCCCAACACACUUCUUGGUAGGGAAAGGAGGGGAGGGGGCUGCUUAUGGCUGUCUAUAUUUUAGUUUUCUUUUUUAAACUACAGUAGUUGGGGACAGAUCUGUCAAAGCCCACACACACACAUUUUCCCUGCUGCACCCCUCAUCUCCACUUUGCACAGAAGCUGCCGCCAGCAUGCAAUUGAGAGGAGCCUCUUCCUGCAGCCCUGAGAGGGGAGCCAAGGUCCAGGAGGGGGGUUAGUCUGAGAGAGCUGGCUGAGCACCACUCCCCCCGAUCAUCUCAAACUCCCUCGUCACUCACAGCCGCAGAACUGCCUGACGCUUCCUCCCAUUUCCCUCAGCUCUGAUGUUCUGGCCCACCCUCCUCAGCUGCUGGCCCUGCGGGGAAGAUUUGAAGGUGGAGGCCUCGAGGCUGCCCUUCCUGCUCUUAGAUCCCCUAAUUGACAGAGCUUGAAGGGAGCUCCCUCUCCUGUUCUGAUCCAGCUCCGGCCGAGCUCCCCAAAGCCCCGUGCUGGCCUAGGGGAACCAUCACCCUUGUCGUUUUCCCCUUUGGGCCCAGCAGCAGAGCUGAACUAUGCAUUAAAAUCACUUUGGGGGUAGCCCAACUGUACCGCUUCCAUGGCUGGCUGCACGAGGGACUCUGAGCCGCAGCUACAUGUUAACGGUUUGUUUCAGUUCAGCCAAGGCAUGUUCUGUUGGGACUGAUGUGUGAUCACACCCAGCACGCAGAGUCCCGCUGUGAGAAUAUGCCACGAGAUAGGGCUCUAGAGCAAUGGCCAGGGAUUCAGGAGACGUGAGUUCUAUUCCGGACUCUGCCGCUGGCCUGCUGGCUGACCCACGGCAAGUCACAUCACCUGUGUGCCUCAGUUUUCCCCAUCUGUAAAAGGGGGAGAAUGAUACCAACUGCCUUUGUAAAGUGCUGGAAGAGCUACAGAUGAAAAGUGGUAGGCAAGAGCUAAGUGUUACCAUCACAUGCAUUUUGAAGGACCCUUAGACAUGCCUACAGCGCAUCCUACUGGUGAUAGAGCAGUCACCUCCUUGCCGUCAGAAGGGUGGCAUAGCUGGGGCUUGAUGCUGGAGCACAGAGCAGACACAAGGUACAGGGACCAGCUGGCAAUCAGAUCCACCCCCGCCCCCACAGGUGACCAGUGCACAAUCGCAAGCCUGGAACCAGGGCACAGCCAGAUUUGUCUGCAUUACUCUGGGGCAGAGAUUAAAACUGACCUGCUGCCAUCUUGAGAGAACCUUUAAGACUCAGUGCUCAAGAACAAUUGCCCUUUUGUUUUAAGUUACAAAGUCCAGCCAUCCCUUGCUCUCUUAUUAAGGAAGCACUAAUGCUUUUUGCAUCCCUCCUUCCAGCUUACAACAGCAGACUUCCCUCUCGGCAGAAGACCGAGACCCCCCCCGCAACGCACAAUAGACAUAACACUGCACCAUUAGCUGCCUUUUCGCUUCAGAUUCCCCCCACCCCGUGUGUAAGGCUCACAAGGCCACCCCAGCCCUCUGAUUGUAGGAGGACUGUGGGAUCAGCCCCAGAGGGGUGUCUGCCAUUUAAAGGGGAAUUCGCCUUUCACAGGCAGCGUUGCUGAUUCUUUCUCUUUCCCAUCAGCUCUGCGGAGUUCUCCAUCAGGAAUAGCCGAGUGGGCUUUUUAGUGACGCUUGUACUUCCAGGCCAGAUUUGAGUGGAUUUUUUUUUUUUUAAGGUUUAUUUUUGUUGGUUUGUUUUUUCCUCCUUCAUUCACAACUACCUCUGGAUAAUUUAAGUUCCAUUCUCUUAACCAUAGAUAUGCUGCUGCUGUUACUGCUGCUGUACUGGUUACAACAUUUAUUAUUCCAACAUGGUCUUUCUGGUUUUUAUUCCUCCCUCCCCCCUCCUCUGGGAACGAUUCAUUUACGGUAGAGAGCCAAAGUCGGUUGGAUUGUGGGGGGUAUUUUAAAGCAUUAGGCUGUUCUACUAUCGAAAGGGACAGAGCCUUUCAAAGGGGUGUGGUGACGGCAUCCCAUCAACCCUCUCCCCCAGGCUUUCCAGCCAAUGUUAGUAAAAUGAGAGAAAAUGGUAAAGCAGCAACCCAUGACCUAUUCCCCACCAGCCCUUAGCGCUCACAGGUGGGGACAACACCCCUCCCUGUCCCUCUGCCCCCUUGGGAUUAGCUCUCUACGGCCGUGGCCUGGAAACAUUCCCCGGCUGCUUGAUGUCACUGAACUGGAGAUGUUGCUCUCUAGAGAGAGAAGCAGCCCGGGUCGGCCGCUGGACUGGGCCUGAACAACA